AUGCAUGGAGCUCUGCCUUCUGGUGCACCAGAACAAUGCAGAGAGCAUUCUAAUUAUGACUACCCACAAGGGUUGGAAUAUAGACAUAGUGCAAUGCUCAUGUCAAGGCUUCAUGUCUAUGAGGUACCUCAACUGAUAGCCCAACAGGAAUCAGAUGAAACUCAUCAAAUAUCUGGCUGGAAAAUGCGGGGGUAUGAAGAUUUGGAAAGAAAGCUUAAGCAGAUUUCUAUGGAAAAAAGUAACCUUCUCCAUCAGCUUUCAAAAACAGCAAUCGAACUGGAAGGAAUUAAAGGGAAUCUUCAGUCCUUGAAAAGUUAUGAAACCGUUGCCAAAAAUGAUGUUCAGAAACUUUUGGAAAUAAGCCAGAAACAGAAGGACGAAAUGAAAUCUCUGCAGGAAGCCCUUCAAAAGCAGGUCAAUGAAGCGGCGUUGAAAGCAGAAAAGCAGCAGGCCGGGAUAAACUUCUUGAAAGCAGAAGUGGAAAGGAAGAGCAAACUGAUAAAAGAUUUACAGCAAGAGAAUAAAAGCCUGAAAAACAAACUGCUAUCCGGAAACAAGCAAUGUGGGAUUCAUGCAGAAGAGUCCAAAAAAAUCCAGUCGCAGCUUAAGGAGCUACGCUAUGGGAAAAAGGAUUUGAUAUUUAAGGCACAGCAAUUGACUGAUCUGGAACGCAAACUGUUAGCAGUGAAACAGGAAUUGGAAAAGACAGCAGGAGAUAAGGAGUCACAACUGGAGGCAUUGAAGGAAGUGGCACAGCUCUGCGUGUCUGGAGUUCUGAAGAACCAGACUCCCUUCACGAGCAUCAUUCCCCCCAAAGCUGCUGAGAACAGAAAACUACUGCUCACUAAAAACAGCUCCAAGGUUCCAUUUUAUCCAACUGACAGAAAACUCCAGGACAUCUCCCAGACUGGAAAGAAAGGAAGUACCCUUAAUGAGGAUCAGAAGAAGAAUGAUCACAACUUAAUGGAAUGUGAUUCUCAAAAUGCUGGCAAGAUGUGUCCAAGAACUGAAGACAAUAAGGCCCCACUAAGCAGCGAUACAGUGGAACCAGGCUCUCCAUUACAGAUGAAAACCUAUAAUUCUUCAAGAUAUACAAGUGGAUUAAGAACAUCAGAAGAAAAUGGGAAAAUUGAGGGGAUGUGAUGAUUAUUGCUCUAUGUGGAAGAGGAAUAAAUCCUUCACGAUGGAAGCAUUCCAGUAACACGCUGAAAUAAUUUGAGUUGAAAUCAUUCCCCUUUGCUGAUCACAUCAGCGGUUUUAGUUCAAAGGUCAGAACCUUUGUGUUCCCUGCAGGAGAGUACAUGCUUCAUAUACAAACAAGUUAGUCUUUUUGAAAGAAAAACAGUAGGAAGUUAGGAAGCUUUUUAGGAAGCUAGUCUUUAGAAUUAAUGACCACAGUGCAACAAGGGUCCAAUGAAUUUUCUUCACACUCAAUGUUACUAUCCAUUUCCUGAACAGAUAUGAGAGGAGUUUGGCAUGUGUUCAACACAGAAGGCAGCUGCAAUUUUGUUGAUCUCUGGUUGACGAAAGAAGUAAGUCAAAUAUCGAAGAAGCACUUCAUCGGGUUAACAAAAUCAAGAGUAAUGUUGCAACAGUUAGUUUGAUGCUGAAUGGUUCUGCAGCAAGGAGCCAAGAACAAACAUUAAUAAAAAUAAUAUGCCCCAUUUAAUUAAUGUUUCCAACUGAAGUGGAUUACAAAAGAUCAUCCAAAGUAGAUAUUACCUUAAAGCAAUAAUGAAUGUUGAGAGUUAAUUUAUACCACAUAAAGUUACCAUCACAAGCUCACAAAAGACACUGCCUAUUUGCCAAGACUCUUAGCUCAUUUUGCUGUUAUUGCUGUACAGUAUAUUCCAAAAUAGACCAAUGGCUUUGCUCUCUGUUUUAUCUAGGUCAAGUGUCAACAGUUUUUAACCUUCUCAUACAAAUUUGUAGAACUAAACAUUUUAUUUUACAAGCGA